UGGUGUAAGAAUCACAGAGACGCACACACCCCACACAGUGUGUGACAGUGAGCGUGGAGUGUGGGGUUACUGGAUUCAUUAAUAAUGCACUCGACUCAUCUCAUGGGUUUCAGCGUUAUUUUUUUAAUUCACUUCUUUUCUCGUCGCCAUUAUUGUUCUUAUCAUAGUUUAUAGUUUAAUUCUUUUUCAAACUUUGCCUUCGUGCCCGCGCCCAAAAGCAGGAAUCCGUUGAUGCUUCUGGAAUUACAGUAUACAUAUAAAAAUAAAUAAAAAUCCAUCACCAUCUCACCACGCAAGCACCACAUUCAUGGCCUCUUUUUCCUUGUGAGGAAGCUCUCCCACUUUUCCACACCCUCAUCUUUUGAAUCCCUCAAAAUAAUAUAUAUAUAUAGUUUGUAUAUAAAAUAUAAUAGUUUUAGUCUUGGGUUGCUUUGCAACUUCGGCACUUUUGUUUUCAAAUCUCGAGGCAGCUCGCUGUGUGAUCGAUCCUGUUGUUGCCGAUGGUUUUUGAGAGGAUUGAUUCUUGCUUACAAAGUGUUUGAUUUUUUGUCUGAGAGAGCAAAGUGGGAAGGAGGAAAGGUCGGUCCGAAUCCUAGGCAAGACCAACAGUUUUGGGUUUUUUCUUAUAGCUCAUUCGUUCUGUUUUUGGAGAGAAGCGUUUUGUGUAAAGAGGAAAGGAUUGAUUGAGCUUUUUCUGGGGCCUAUUUUCUUUUUGUACCUAAAAAAAAAAAAGAAAAGGAUUAUUGUUUGUUAUAUAAUUAACACUCCCAAAAGAAACAAGUGUUGUCCUCGAGCAUGCAAGAGGGGAAGACGUCCAUAGGUUACAGAAAGUAUGAAGAAGACUGUAAUUAACAGCACUGAUUCGAGUAAUGGUGGACUGGCAAAGCAGAAAGAAAGGCAUAUUGUUUCUUGGUCUCAGGAGGAGGAUGAUAUUUUGAGGGAGCAGAUCAGUGCACAUGGGACUGAAAAUUGGGCAAUUAUUGCAUCGAAAUUUAAGGAUAAAACGACAAGGCAAUGCCGCAGAAGAUGGUUUACUUAUUUGAAUUCUGAUUUCAAGAAAGGAGGAUGGUCACCUGAGGAAGACAUGCUCUUAUGUGAGGCGCAAAAGAUAUUUGGAAACAGAUGGACUGAGAUUGCAAAGGUUGUCUCAGGCAGAACCGAUAAUGCUGUAAAGAAUCGAUUCACCACACUUUGCAAGAGGAGAGCUAAGCAUGAAGCAUUAUCGAAAGAAAACAAUGCUACUUCUUACAUCAACUUAAACAACAAAAGGAUUGCAUUCUCUGCAGGGUCUGAAACUGAUGCGCCUCUUAAAAAGAUUCGGGCUUAUAUCUCGAAUUCGGCAGAAGAAGCUCAAAACGGCCUUAAGGGGGCAUCAAUGGACAGUUCCGAAAAUAACAAAAUCGAAGGAACCUUUCUUAAGAAGGAUGAUCCAAAGGUAAUUGCACUGAUGCAACAGGCUGAAUUGCUCAGUUCACUCGCGGCUCUUCAAAACUUUCGGAAGCAAAACAAAGGAAGCGAUUCCAUCACAUUCAAUCGUUCUGAGGCCGAAUUUCAAAUCGAGAACUGCAGGGAGAUGGUGGAGGAUUUGCGGAGCAGUAAUGAAGGAAGCAUCCCGUCAUGGAGAGAGGGUCGUGGUUGCGACUCAUCGCCAGCUAGCUCAGAGUACAGUACAGGAUCUACUCUGCUGUCCAAUCCACCGGCUGGAAACGAACUGUUAUCAAAUUCAUUACACGAUGUUGAGGAUAAUAAUGUAGCUGCGCGCGAGAAUUCUGUCAUGGAAUUCAGCUCCCCGCUCCAUGUCACUCCAUUGUUCAGAGCAUUCGCCGCGGCAAUUCCAAGCCCAAAAUUCUCAGAAAGUGAAAAGCAUUUCUUGAUGAAAACACUAGGAAUGGAAUCGCCAUCUCCGAGCGCGAUCACCAACCCCAACCCCUCUCAACCUCCACCGUGCAAACGCUCCCUCCUCCAUUGUCUAUGAAUACCCCAUUUUCGAUUCUUUUUAGAGUUCAUAGUCCUUGGAUUGAAGCUAUCUUGACAUCCAUGGUGGUAAGGAGCACCAUGAUGUUUUUUUUCGAUCUUCUCAUCCUAAAACUCACCUUUUUUUCGUCGUGUGCUUUCUCUAGUGUGGCAUUCUUUUGGUUUGUUUCUUGGAACAGUCGGAUGCGGCCAUCUACGCUGUUCCAUUCCAUAUCGUUUUGUACAGGCAGAGUUUAGUUAGUAGGCGUAACGAUACGGUGGCACCUCGCCAAGAUUACAACUUACAGAUAUUACAAGUAGGAGUAGAAGUCGAAGAUAGGGGAGCAAAAGGGGUUCUUUUGCUGCGGUGUUUUUAGCGUGCAGUGUAAUCGUUGCAAUAAGUUUUUCGCCGGUGGCCGGAAAACUUCCUCUGAUUUCACAUUAAUGUUAUACUAUAUACUUAUUGGGAGUGCAGAUAUAUAUAUAUAUAUAUAUAUAUCAGAGAUUGUUGGUGUGCAUGAAUGUUUAAGAGAAUAAUAUAUUAUUCCUGGGUAAAUUUAGAAUA